AUGAGCUACACCGCUGCCGAAAAUGCCGUCGGAAGCAGUACAUGGGCAGCUACAAACCUGUUCUACGUGCUAUUAGUGCCAGCAAUCAUCUUGUGGUACACCUACUGGCGUAUGUCUAGGAGACAUCUAUAUGAACUCGCCGAAAAGCUCGCGGGGCCCAAAGGUUAUCCACUCCUCGGAAAUGCUUUAGAAUUCACUGGCGGCUCAGCUGAUAUCUUCAAAAGAAUCGUUGAAAGAAGUGAAGAAUUUAAGGAAGAACCCGCCGUUAAGAUUUGGAUUGGACCCAGACUUCUUGUGUUCCUGUACGACCCUCGUGACGUUGAACUUAUUCUAAGUAGCCACGUGCAUAUUGACAAAGCCGAAGAUUACAGGUUCUUUAAGCCAUGGCUAGGAGAUGGUCUUCUCAUUAGUACUGGUCAAAAAUGGCGUUCUCAUCGUAAAUUGAUCGCUCCUACUUUCCAUUUAAAUGUCUUGAAGAGUUUCAUUGAUCUUUUCAACGCCAACUCCAGAGCUGUUGUUGACAAAUUGAAGAAAGAAGCUGGAGAAUUCGAUUGCCAUGAUUACAUGAGUGAAUGUACCGUCGAGAUCCUCCUUGAAACUGCUAUGGGUGUAAGUAAAAAUACUCAAGAAAGUGGAUUUGAAUACGCUAUGGCUGUAAUGAAGAUGUGUGAUAUCUUGCAUAUGAGACACGCCAAGAUCUGGCUUAGACCCGACUUGUUGUUCAACUUUACUCAGUACGCUAAGAUACAAAACAAACUUCUUGAUGUCAUUCACGGUUUAACAACAAAGGUUAUACGCAGGAAGAAGGAAGAAUUUAAAUCUGGUAAGAAACCUGUCAUCGUUGAAACUGAAACCAAAGACAUAUCUUCGAAAGUAACUUCCGUCGAAGGCUUGUCGUUUGGUCAAUCUGCUGGACUAAAGGAUGAUCUGGAUGUUGAUGAAGACGUAGGACAGAAGAAACGUCUUGCUUUCCUUGACCUGCUCCUUGAGAGUGCUCAAGGUGGAGUGGUAAUUUCAGACGUGGAAAUCAAAGAACAAGUGGACACUAUUAUGUUCGAGGGACAUGACACUACCGCUGCUGGAAGCAGUUUCUUCUUAUCAUUAAUGGGAAUUCACCAAGACAUCCAAGAGAAAGUUGUUGAAGAGUUAGAUCAAAUUUUCGGUGACUCUGACCGUCCAGCCACCUUCCAAGACACACUGGAAAUGAAAUACUUAGAGAGAUGUCUUAUGGAAACUCUUAGAUUAUUCCCCCCUGUGCCAAUUAUCGCCCGUCAUCUUAAUCAAGACAUUACAUUGCCUUCCAAUGGUAAGAAAGUACCAGCUGGAACAACAAUUGUAAUCGGAACAUACAAGCUACAUCGCCGCGAGGAUGUCUACCCAGAGCCUAACAAAUUCAACCCUGACAACUUCCUUCCUGAACGUUCUGCCAACCGUCACUACUACGCCUUCGUUCCUUUCUCUGCUGGGCCAAGGAGUUGUGUUGGUCGUAAAUACGCCAUGUUGAAGUUGAAGAUCAUUCUCUCUACCAUCCUGAGGAAUUUCCGCGUGAUCUCAGACCUUAAGGAGUCGGACUUCAAACUACAGGCCGACAUCAUAUUAAAGCGUGCCGAAGGAUUCAAAGUACGCCUAGAACCUCGCAAGCGAGCAGCGAAAGCGUUU